AUGCACCACUUUCUCAACCGCACGGCACGGUGGCUAGAGGGUGUUUCCGACAGCCUCCAACACCUCGAGUGGUCUCCAGCUACAAUCCUGACCGUGCUGUCCGCCUGGGCAUUGGCUGUCGUAGUUGCACGGCUCGUCUUCCAUCCUCUGAGAAAGGUGCCAGGGCCAUGGAUGGCCUCCCUCACAACAUGGUAUGAAUUCUACUACGACGUGAUCCUAGGCGGAGUCUACGUCAAACAAGUGCUGAAGCUGCACGAGAGAUAUGGUUCUGAUGUUGUUCGGAUCGGCCCAAACCAUGUUCAUGUCAACGACCCUGAUUUUCAUCGAGUAGUCGUUCGCUUGGGGUCUCCAUACCUCAAAGCACGAUUCUUCUACGCGGCAAUCGGCAACCCGGAGUCGCUGGGCACCAUGGUAGAUCCGCAACUGCACCAAGUAAAGCGCUCCAUCGCGGGCCAUGCUUUCUCUCCCAAGGCCGUGGCACUGUAUGUGCCGUAUACUCUCAAAGUCGCCCGCCGGUGUAUGGACUCGAUGGCUGCCGAUGCGCGGGCCGGCGACUCGAUCAAUAUCAACUUGGUCACACAAUCUGCCAUGGCCGACGUGGUGUCUAUGGUCUUGUUCGGUCAGUCGCUGGGACUCACGCAGUGCCGCGACAGCCAACGUGCGGUCCUCGGAUCGCUCAACCACUUUGUGAAUCAAGUGCAUAUAGUGAAACACUUCCCUAUUCUGUUCUCGUCCUUGCGUUUCGCCCCGAGAUCUCUUGUCGCACGGAUAUCACCCGGCUAUAUUGGGCUCCGGAAGACCGUUGCAACAUACGUCCACCGGAUGAAGCAGCAGAAGACGGCAGGUCCGGUGAUUGCGGACGCUGGCUUCCCACCGCUGUUCGACUAUCUCCUGACCCCCCAGCCGAAGAGCAACUACGUCGUCCCCCCGGCCGAUGUGACGAUUGACGAAGCUUCCGCAAUGAUGGUUGGUGGCGUGACGACGGCAUACCCCCUGACCAUGGCCGUUUACCUCGUCCUGAGCAACCGGGAUGUAUUCGCCCGGUUGCGAUCCGAGCUGGAUGAGGCAGCGCCUCACAUCAAAGAUGAGUCUAAUAUCAGCCAUGUUUCUCAGCUUCCGUACCUGAACGCGGUCAUCAAAGAAACGCUGCGCCUGUAUACUCCCUUCCCGGGCAAUCUGCCCCGAGUCGUUCCCCCCGAGGGCGUCCGUAUUGGCUCUCACUUUAUUGCCGGCGGGACAUACAUCUCCACCAGCCUGCAUGCAAUGCACCACAAUCCCAAGGUCUACCCAGACCCGUUCCAUUUCAAGCCCGAGCGAUGGCUCGGGGAGCGAGGAAAAGCUCUGGAUCCAUAUUUUGCCCCGUUCAGCAGAGGCGGCCAGAGUUGCAUCGCGAGCAAGUUGGCAUACUAUGAGAUGUACAUUUUCCUUUCUCUCCUCUUUUCUCGGUUUGAGUUGGAUCUGUUUGAGACGAGUGAGGCGACGAUCGAUUGGACGGAACACAUCGUUGCAGCGACUAGGAAGCCUGUGAGGGUUAAGAUUGUGGCGGAGCGCUGGUGA